AUGGCGACUGAAACCAUUACCGAAGACCCGUCGCUGCAACUGCAUGUGGAUGCAUCUGUAGGUGCAUCUCAGAGCACCAAAGCAUCUGAGGCCCCAAUCAGCACAUAUCAAGGCUAUGACAAUGUCCAUUGGUACGUGGGAAACGCAAAGCAGGCUGCCUCGUAUUACACGACACGCAUGGGAUUCGAGAAGAUCGCCUACCGCGGUCUAGAGACUGGUUCAAGAACUGUGGCCUCAUACGUCGUUCGCAACGGCAACGUGACGUUCGUUCUCACCUCGCCCAUACAUUCAAAGGAGUCCCGAUUGGAAAACUUGUCGGAGGAUGACAAGCAUCUGCUUGGGGAGAUCCACCGCCACCUGGAGCUGCAUGGUGAUGCAGUCCGCGACGUCGCCUUCCGUGUUGACGACGUGGAGACCGUAUACCGAAAUGCUAUCGACAAUGGAGCGAGAUCAGUCUAUCCACCCAAGGAAGUUUCGGACCAGUUUGGCACGGCAAAGUAUGCUCGUAUCUGCACCUAUGGCGACACGACACAUACACUGAUCGAGAGAGCCAACUACCAUGGUGCUUUCCUACCAGGAUUCCGUUCAGUUGACGAAAGGGAUCCUCUUGGGAAGUACCUUCCGCCGGUCCAGCUUGAGCACAUUGACCAUUGCGUCGGGAACCAGGACUGGGAUGAGAUGGAGACGGUCUGUACCUACUACGAGAAGGCUUUGGGUUUCCAUAGGUUCUGGUCUGUGGAUGACAAGGACAUCUGUACCGACUACUCGGCUCUGAAGUCUGUCGUGAUGGCUUCUCCCGACGAAGUUAUCAAGAUGCCCAUCAACGAGCCUGCGCGGGGCAAGAAGAAGUCACAGAUUGAGGAGUACGUCGACUUCUAUCAGGGGGCAGGGGUCCAACACAUCGCCCUACGCACGAACGACAUUAUUCGGGAUGUUGCAAACUUGGCGGCGCGCGGCAUCGAAUUCAUCAAAGUUCCUGACUCCUACUACGACCUAAUAGCUGCCCGCUUGGCCUCUACUGGAUUGACACUUGAGCAAGACUUCGCAAGAUUGAAGGAAUUGGGCAUUCUGAUCGAUUUCGACGAAAGAGGCUAUCUUCUACAGCUCUUUACUAAGCAUCUCAUGGACAGGCCGACGGUCUUUAUCGAGAUCAUAUACCGCAACAAUUUCACUGGAUUCGGGGCAGGCAACUUUAAGAGUCUGUUUGAAGCAAUUGAGAGGGAGCAGCUGAAGCGUGGGAAUCUGUAG